AGAGUCCCACUCAUCCAGUUACACAGUGUAGCCACGUGCAAUGAGUCUUUGCUUCACCAUACUACUCACGUGGCACCUUUUCAUAACCAAAUGCUGUAAAUCAUUCACCUACUACUACUUUUUACCAUAGAAGAAAAAAGAAAACUCAUUCUUCAAUUUCCACUCUCACAAGCCACAACACAACAAAUUUACUACCACAGUACCACUCCAUUCCAAUUUCCAUUCCUCAAAACAAAACAAAUCUCACUCACUCUCCCUUUUCACUUCUCAAAACAACUUCAACAAUCAUAAAAUAAGCACAUUCUCACACACAACACAAGCACAACAAUAGUACAAACAAACACAACCCAACCCAACCAAAAAUCAAAUUCAUUAAUUCACUCACCAAAUCUCAUGCCAAAUCUAAACAAUGUCUGAUCCUUCCACUUCCACCACCCCAUUACCACAUCCAUCAAUCCUAACCGACCAACACAAUCUACCACUUAUCCACAGCAUCACCACCGCACAACCACCACCACCACAACCACAACCACCCUCCUCCUCCUCCUCCUCCAGAGAAUACCGUAAAGGUAAUUGGACAAUCCAAGAAACACUUAUUCUCAUCACAGCCAAGAAACUAGACGAUGAACGUAGACUAAGAAACACUUCAACAUCAACCUCAACUCCAUCAUCAUCAUCACAAGACCCAAAUAGGACACCAAACACUACACAUGUCACCUCCAUUGCAAGCCCUAGCACCAGUACCAGCAGGAGCAGUGGUGAACUGAGAUGGAAAUGGGUGGAAAACUAUUGUUGGAGCCAUGGUUGUUUGAGAAGCCAGAAUCAAUGUAAUGAUAAAUGGGAUAACUUACUUCGUGAUUACAAAAAAGUUCGUGAUUAUGAAUCCAAAUCAGAAUCAUCACCACCCAACAACAAUAGCAACAAAGAUCAUUUUCCUUCUUAUUGGAUUCUCAACAAACAACAACGUAAAGAACAAAAUCUUCCUUCUAAUAUGGUUUUUGAAGUUUAUCAAGCUAUAAGUGAAGUUCUUCAAAGGAAACAAUCACAAAGAAACAACCCCACUCCACUACAACAACAUCAGCAACAAGGUUUGGUUACAUUAGCCUCUUCACCAUUACCAGCACUACCACUUCAAACACAGUUUCUUCCUCCACCACCACCUCCACCUCUUCCUCCUCCACUUCCAUUACAACAACCUCCUCCACCGCCACAUGCUCCCGCGGUUUCAGAGAGAACAGAAUCAUCAGAUUCAGAGAAGAGUGAGGAUAAUGAUGAAGAUGAUGGUGGCUCAGAAUCAAAACGUAGGAAAGUUAAGAACCUUGGUUCAAGCAUAAUGAGGAGUGCAUCAGUGUUGGCAAGGGCUCUAAGAAGAUGUGAAGAGAAGAAGGAGAAACGGCACCGUGAAUUGAUCGAGCUUGAACAAAGACGGAUUCAAAUGGAGGAAUCUCGGAACGAAGUUCACCGGCAAGGUAUCGCCACCCUUGUCGCCGCUGUUAGCAACCUUUCCGGUGCCAUUCACUCAUUCAUUAAUUCUGAACACCAUGGCCAAAGAUAAAUAUUAAGUAAUAUAUGCUAGCUUAUCGAUCUUAUAGUUUAUUACUGUGUGAUUUAGAAAAUCGUAUAAUAUUUAUUGGUGAUGCAUUCUUUCACCCACUUAUAAUUCAUUUGUAGUCUAGUAUUUUUAAGUCACUUUCACCAAUUGAUUUCACUUGAUGCAUGGUAUAUAUAUGUUCCAUUCUUUGAUGGUGAAACCAAUCCUAGUGUCCCUAUGUUAAUUGUUCAUUGAGACAGACAUGGUAUUGAUCCGGUGAUUAUUGUGUACAUAAUUUAAUUUAAAUAA